AUGGACCGCCAUGGGUUCACGCGGGAGCUAAGCGGUACCCCCGAACCUAACAACCACCAAGACCAAUUGAAUAAGCUCGAUGAAAAUACCUCGCAAAACGCGUUCCUCGACCAGUUGCGCAGCGCCAGCAGCUCCCCUCCCAAACGAUCAUCGCCACCAACACCUUCAGACCCGCUGCCUCUGAAAAAGACCCGGGGCGAGCCCUUAGUCAGUGUCCACGAUGCCGACUUAGUCAGAGAACAAGUGACACGUCAGUUGAUGGGCGACUUCCACUGGCUCGAACAACUGCUGCUUGGACUGACCUAUAAACAGCUCCACACGAUGAUCACCAAUACCGUGCGCGACCAUGAGGGACACUCUGUUCUUCUAGUAGGUCCUCGUGGCUCGGGUAAGACGGCGAUGGUCAAUCGGGCAUUGGACCAAAUCAAUCGGGACUACCCCGACCAAUUUCUCCCAAUUUACUUGAACUGUUUUAUCCAUAAUGCCGACCACGUUGCCCUCCGAGAGAUUGCUCGAACGAUGGAUGCUGCUUGGCGACAAUCAGAUGAGAACGUUUCGAGUGAUGCUAAAGUGUUUGAAACGAGACUGAUCAACGAUACGUUUAACAAUGUGUUGCAAACGUUAGAGAGUGGUAAUAAAGACCGUCUCGCAGUGAUUUUCAUCAUCGACGAGUUCGAUAAACUUGCCCUUUCACUGUCACAACAAACACUCCUAUAUAAUUUGUUUGAAGUGGCGCAAACGCUGAAGAAUCCGAUGUGUAUUAUUGGUAUUACUCCGAGAAUCACGCUGAGAGAGUUAUUGGAGAAACGGGUACUCUCCCGUUUCAGUCAACGGGUAUUGGCAGUUAACCAUUCUCGUACUAAAGAACAGUUUUGGCAAGAUUUACGUCCCGGCUUACGUGUCCCCGAGAGUGUGGCGGCUCAAUUGGAUAACCCCAAAUACGCACAAAUAUGGAACCAGUGGGUCGAUAAAGCCUAUGAAGAGAAUACUACUCUAACGAGAAUCAUCUUUGACGUCUAUGCCACCACCAAGAGCUUCAAACAGGUCAACCAGCACUUGGUUACGGCGGUGACUCGCAUUACUCCCGAAGACCCAUUACCACGUGAUCUGGACUUGAUUCGUCUCGUGAUGAACCACCACCCGUAUAAUACCAUCAGCCAGCAGAUUGCUAGCUUACUGCCGCUAGAGCUCCACCUUGUGAUUGCCGCCUGUCGUGACGCUGAAAAGCGAAACCUGGAAGGCGUGGUCAACUUUAAUUCGGCGUAUAAAGAGUAUAAAUUGAUGAUUGACGACCAUAACACUCAGGCAGCCGUUGGUGGUACCAAUCUGCGAUUGGAGCUGAUGAUUCUGGCUCAGUUCCAGGUGGCGCAGCGUGUGUGGCUGAUCGAAGUGUGUCGCAAUUGCUGGCGCAAUUUGUUUAAGAUGAAGGUAUUGGUGGAAGUAUCCGGUACGGGGAUUGAAAGUAACGCUAAGAUUAUCCCCGACCUGAUGAUGGUCCAGUUGGACGUGACGUUGAUGGAGGUAAGACACUUGACGGUGGAAGGGUCCAUCGAGAGAAGGCUCACGGUGCUUUAG